CGCCUGCGCGCGUCCGGUGGGCGUCGGAGGAGGCGGGGAACGGGGGAGGGAAAGUAGAGGGGGCGGGUGUCGCGGUAGGGAAGGAGCGAACCGGAGAGCGUCGUUCUGAGAGGAGUGAAGGCGGCAAGAUGGCGGACCGCUUCUCCCGCUUCAACGAGGACCGAGACUUUCAGGGUAAUCACUUUGAUCAGUAUGAAGAAGGACACUUGGAAAUUGAACAAGCGUCACUUGAUAAACCUAUAGAAUCGGAUAAUAUUGGACACCGCUUACUCCAGAAACAUGGGUGGAAGCUGGGCCAGGGAUUGGGAAAAUCUCUUCAGGGGAGAACAGAUCCUAUCCCUAUCGUUGUCAAGUAUGAUGUCAUGGGCAUGGGUCGCAUGGAAAUGGAGCUCGAUUAUGCUGAAGAUGCUACCGAACGGCGCCGUGUCCUAGAGGUAGAAAAAGAAGAUACGGAAGAGCUGAGACAAAAGUACAAGGAUUAUGUUGACAAAGAGAAGGCAAUUGCAAAAGCCUUGGAAGACCUCAGAGCCAACUUCUACUGUGAACUCUGUGAUAAGCAAUAUCAGAAACAUCAGGAAUUUGACAACCAUAUCAACUCCUAUGAUCAUGCGCACAAGCAGAGAUUGAAAGAUCUCAAGCAGAGAGAGUUUGCUCGAAAUGUCUCAUCAAGAUCCCGCAAGGAUGAGAAGAAACAGGAAAAAGCCCUUCGACGGCUCCAUGAGUUGGCAGAGCAAAGAAAACAAGCUGAAUGUGCACCUGGAAGUGGUCCCAUGUUCAGACCAACCACCGUGGCUGUAGAUGAAGAAGGUGGAGAUGAUGAAAAGGAUGAAUCAGCUACAAACAGUGGUGCAAGUGCCACUGCCAGUAGUGGCCUGGGAUCUGAACUGUCCACAGAUAAAGGAGGCCCUUUCACUGCAGUACAAAUCACUAACACCACUGGACUGCCACAGGCUCCUGGGUUAGCGUCCCAGGGCAUAAGCUUUGGCAUUAAGAAUAAUCUGGGGACCCCAUUGCAAAAAUUAGGAGUGUCAUUUUCCUUUGCCAAGAAGGUUCCUGUCAAACUCGAAUCGAUAGCAUCAGUUUUCAAGGACCACGCAGAGGAAGGAACUUCUGAAGAUGGAACAAAAGCUGAUGAGAAGGGUUCUGACCAAGGACUGCAGAAGGUGGGAGACUCUGAUAGUAGUGGCAAUGUGGAUGGUAAAAAAGAGGACGAAGACCCUCAGGAUGGAGGGUCGCUUGCCUCAACAUUAUCUAAGUUAAAAAGAAUGAAGCGAGAAGAGGGAGCUGGAGCUACAGAGCCAGAAUAUUACCACUAUAUCCCCCCGGCACACUGCAAAGUGAAACCUCAUUUCCCCUUCCUACUGUUUAUGAGAGCUAGUGAACAAAUGGAAGGUGAUAAUAGUGCACACCCAAAGAAUGCCGCAGAGAGCAAAAAAAGCAGUUCUCCCAAGCCUAAAGGCAGUGCCAAGGUGGCAGCAAGUCAAGGAGCAGAAAAGACAGUUAGUGAAGUCUCUGAGCAGCAGAAGGAAAGCAGUAUGGCUGAGUCCUCAGAGCCUGGAAGCAAGGCUGAGACAAAGUGGGCCUCAGGAGGGGAUGUAAGUGACCAGAGCUUAGAGAGUCAGAAGGCUUUAGAGAUCCAAAUGUGUGAGUCCAGUACUUCUAAAGAAACCUCUCAGGCCACCCCAGCAGGAAAAGAAGGCCAGGAAGGACCCAAACAUCCUACUGGUCCAUUCUUCUCAGUUUUAAGCAAAGAUGAAAGCACUGCCCUCCAGUGGCCAUCAGAACUAUUAAUUUUCACUAAGGCAGAACCCUCAAUUUCGUACAGUUGUAACCCGUUAUAUUUUGACUUUAAACUUUCAAGGAACAAAGAUGCCAGAGCUAAAGGGACAGAAAAACCAAAGGAUAUAGGAGGCCCCUCAAAGAGCCAUCUCCAAGACUUUGAUCCUGAAGAGCCAAGUAAAAGCAAGGAGGAGGGAGAGAAUGUAGUACAUUCCUCAGGAGGCAGGAUGGAUGCACCUGCUUCAGGAUCAGCCUGCAGCAGCCUGAACAAGCAGGAGCCUGGGGGCAACCAUGGGUCAGAGACAGAAGACACAGGGAGAAGCCUUCCCAGCAAGAAGGAACGAUCUGGGAAGUCUCACCGACACAAAAAGAAAAAGCACAAAAAAUCUACCAAACACAAGCGGAAACACAAAGUUGACCUAGAAGAGAAAAGCUCUAAAGGUGAGUCUGGGGAGAAGUCUAAGAAACGCAAGAAACGAAAACGAAAGAAGAACAAGUCGUCAGCUCCAGCAGAUUCCGAACGGGGCCCCAAACCAGAACCCCCUGGGAGUGGCAGCCCUGCACCACCAAGAAGACAGCGUCGAGCUCAAGGUGAUUCCCAGCGGAGAUCCCUUCCAGCUGAAGAAGGGAGCAGUGGCAAGAAGGAUGAAAGUGGGGGCGGUAGCAGCUCCCAAGAUCACGGUGGGAGGAAACACAAAGGUGAACCUCCAGCUUCAUCCUGCCAGCAAAGAGCUGGCGCCAAACGGAGCAGCCGAUCCAGCCGUAGGAGUCGACCCAGUAGUGGAGAUGAGGACAGUGAUGAUACCUCAUCACGUAGGCAGCACCAGAAGUCUCCAUCCCAGUACAGUGAGGAGGAAGAGGAAGACUCGGGCAGUGAGCAUUCUCGUAGCCGCUCACGGUCUGGCCGGCGCCAUUCCUCACACCGCUCUUCCCGGCGUUCUUACUCAAGUAGCUCAGAUGCUUCUUCUGACCAGAGCUGCUAUAGUAGACAGCGCAGUUACUCUGAUGACAGCUACAGUGACUAUAGUGAUCGAUCACGAAGGCACUCCAAGCGCUCCCACGACUCUGAUGACUCAGACUAUGCCAGCUCCAAGCGCCGAUCCAAACGGCACAAAUACUCAUCUUCUGAUGAUGACUAUAGCCUCAGUUGCAGCCAGUCCCGCAGCCGGUCUCGGAGCCAUUCCAGGGAGCGCUCAAGAUCCCGGGGCCGCAGCCACAGCAGCAGUUGUAGUCGCAGCCGGAGCAAGCGGAGAAGCCGCAGCACCACAGCCCACAGCUGGCAGCGGAGCCGGAGCUAUAGCCGGGACCGCAGCCGCAGCACCAGGAGCCCUUCCCAGAGAUCAGGCUCCAGGAAGGGCUCAUGGGGCCACGAGAGCCCUGAAGAGAGGCGUUCUGGUCGUCGGGAUUUCAUUCGCUCUAAGAUCUACCGCUCCCAGUCCCCCCACUAUUUCCGUUCCAGCCGAGGAGAAGGUCCUGGGAAGAAAGAAGAUAGCAGAGGGGAUGAUGGUAAAGGGGCAGGUCCACCCUCUCAGAACAGCAGCGCUGGUGCAGGAAGGGGAUCAGAUGGUGACUGCAGCCCUGAAGACAAGAACUCUGUUACUGCCAAGCUGCUGCUGGAGAAGAUCCAGUCAAGGAAAGUGGAGAGGAAACACAGUGUGAGUGAGGAGGUGCUGGCCACCCCAAAUAAAGCCGGACUUAAGCUCAAGGAUCCCCCACAAGGUUACUUUGGGCCCAAGCUCCCUCCCUCUCUUGGCAGUAAGCCUGUACUUCCACUGAUAGGGAAGCUUCCAGCUACCCGGAAGCCCAGUACCAAGAAAUGUGAAGAGUCUGGCUUGGAAAGGGGGGAAGAACAAGAACAGUCAGAGACGGAAGAAGGGCCCCCAGGGAGUAGUGAUGCCCAAUUUGGACAUCAGUUCCCCUCAGAGGAAACAGCUGGCCCCUUAUCAGACCCACCCCCAGAAGAGCCAAAGUCUGAAGAAGCUGCUGCUGAUCACACUGUGGCUCCAUUGGGCACUCCAGCGCACUCUGACUGCUACCCUGGGGACCCAGCCAUCUCCCAUAACUACCUCCCUGACCCCAGUGAUGGGGACACCCUAGAGUCCCUGGAUAGCAGCAGUCAACCAGGCCCUGUGGAAUCCAGCUUGCUGCCUAUAGCGCCAGACCUUGAGCACUUCUCCAGUUACGCACCUCCCAGUGGGGAGCCUAGCAUUGAGUCAACAGAUGGGGCUGAGGAUGCCUCAUUAGCCCCUCUGGAGAGCCAGCCCAUCACCUUUACCCCUGAGGAGAUGGAGAAGUACAGCAAGCUCCAGCAGGCCGCCCAGCAACACAUCCAGCAGCAGCUUUUGGCCAAGCAAGUAAAGGCCUUCCCAGCCUCAGCUGCCCUGGCCCCAGCCACUCCAGCCCUGCAGCCUAUCCACAUUCAGCAGCCAGCCACAGCCUCUGCCACCUCCAUCACAACCGUCCAGCAUGCGAUCCUGCAACAUCAUGCUGCAGCAGCUGCAGCUGCCAUUGGCAUUCACCCACACCCUCAUCCCCAGCCACUUGCCCAAGUGCAUCACAUUCCCCAGCCCCACCUGACUCCCAUUUCCUUGUCCCACCUUACUCACUCAAUCAUCCCUGGUCACCCUGCCACCUUCCUUGCUAGCCAUCCCAUCCAUAUUAUUCCUGCCUCAGCCAUCCAUCCUGGACCGUUCACCUUCCACCCCGUCCCACAUGCUGCCCUCUACCCUACUCUGCUUGCUCCACGGCCUGCCGCAGCAGCUGCCACUGCCCUCCACCUUCACCCACUACUUCACCCCAUCUUCUCAGGUCAGGACCUGCAGCACCCUCCCAGCCAUGGCACAUGAGUUGGGGAUGGGUGCCCAGGUAGGACCAGGGAAGAUGACCCAUGAAUCUUUCCUUGGGGGUGUUGAGCCGUUAAUACCAGCAAGUAGAAGCUGGAGUGGGCAGUGUCUUUUAAAAGCCAAAGAAUCGACUUUUGGCUUACAGGGGUGGUUUUAGAUUUGAGAUUUACUUUGGGUUUACUAUCAGGGAUUUUUUUCCUUUUCCCCUUUCUGUUUGUUGCUCCCUCUCCUGUGUUUCUAAGCUGGGGAACACCAGUAAGUGCUACCCAUCCCUCUGCAGCAACAUCUCUAAACUGUCAAGUUUAGAUACCCCCUCUUCCCUCUACUUUUUAUUCUCUCCUCUUCCCUUCCACAAAUUUUAACACAUUUUCCUCCCUUCUGGCUGGCGGGUUAUCACCAAGCACUUGCCAAGGGCCAUCUGAUCCUGCCUUCUCAGUGCCACAAGGAAGGUCAUGCUGUCCCUCAGGUAGUGAAAACACCACCAGUAUGGGCUAGUAUGUUUGGCGAUUCUUGGUGACCUUAUGUUAUCCCAGGUGAGGUGGAAAGGGAGUCUGACUUGGAACAAUGGAACCAGAUGCUGCUGUGGCUGUGAUUUGAUCCACUUCCCACACAGAGCCACACGUUCGUCACUGUUGUCCUCUUUCCAGAAGAGGCAUCUGCAUAUCCCAGAAAAGAAGAUCCUAUCAUGAAUAGAAGCUAUGUGCAACAUGGAGUCACCCAUGUGCUUCCCCAGAGAGGAGCUCAUAUGUCUGAAGGGUAUUUUUUUCUUCUGUCAUGUUGAUGUUUCCUUCUUAAUUUAUAGGAUUUUUUUUUUUUAAUGUAAAAAAUUGCACUGAACUCUAUGAACGUAAAUGCUGCUUUUUGUAGCUCAUAUAAAAAGGUUCCAUAUUUGUAGUAUACUGCAAUAAUAUUUUUUACAUUCAGCUCUUUAAGUGAUCCUUGUUCUGGUGGCUUUAUGUAAAUAUGUUUGCCCUAGUUGAAUUAAGAAACUUUAAAGGUUAUAAAAUGAAAACAAAAAAUAAAGCAUUUGUUUUCUGCUAGAUGCACAAAUGACUAAGCAUGUAUAUUUUAUCAAGCUCAUGUAUUUUUUUGAAGUGAGGAACUUUAAAAAUGUUAAAGCAAAAAAAGGAACACAGUUUAACAUUUUUUGCUGAGAAAAAAUGUUAAGUAAUUUGCAGUAAGUGGUGCUCCCAGCACUGGGAUUUUUGAGCUAAUGGGCACCAGUCAGCUGGGGGUGUCAGAGGGGUGCUCAGUUCUGACAGUUUCUCUCACAUGCUUGGUUGAUUCAGAGAAACGGGGCCCCACAGAGGAGGAGGGGGACAUCCAAGAGCUUUCUUCUCUGGAAGCAGUGAGAUAUUCAGAGUGAUUGGUGGGGGAGGGGGUCCCCUCGGUUUCCUGGACCCCUUGUUUCAGGCAGUCCAUUUGCCUUUCUAGUACGUAGGCCCCUCUAACAAUUUUUUUUUUUUUUUAAUGUGCCUUUUGGGUUGACUAGAAACUGAAGCAUAAGUAGACAGAGGAUGAUAGAUUUGGGACCGUUUUCUUCCUCCUUUUGUUGGGAUGUAAGCACAUUUGCAGACACUUCAAAUUUUUUUGCUUCAUAGUUUCCUUGCCUUCUGCUCAGCUUAGUUUAAACAGUAAAGGUUCCUUUUUUUCUCCCUUGACAAUGACCAGAGGAAUUACCACCUCAGUCUCCCUACUAGCUCUUUUGCCUUUCCCUCAGGCUAUCAGCCCUAAUUAACACACUGAACCAAAGGUGCUUGCAUUGCAGGUCCCAUUCCUUUGGUGUAGUUAGUUCCUUCUUUGGCAUUUCCCUAACCAUUCCUGAGGCUACAAUUGAUUGAGUGGUCACCUGAGAGGAAAACCAAACCCUGCUUAUCUGGGCCAAGGCUCGGUGUUCCUGGCUUUCCUCUCGAAUUCCCAAAAGAAGUAGCGUUUUGAGUUUGAGAAGUAAGUGCUGGGCAAAGGAGGUUCUUGAUUGUCCCCUACCUGUUAAGUGCUCAUCAUCUGAUUCAGAAGCAUUAUUUUUUGGAUGACUAGCAUUAGAAAAAAUGAAAUGGUCUGUUUCAAGUGACAGGACUCAUUUUUCUUUGUUUUCAGCCCAUGUAAAUAUUUAAAUAAUACAGUAUUAACAUUUCCGUGCUGCUUCCCUUCAGCUUGUAGAUCGAGCCAUGUUCUGGCCUCUCUGCCUUCCUGGAGGCAGUUUUCUUUAACUUCCAGAAUAGUGGUUUUAAAACUUAAAAAAAAGAAGGAAAAACAAAAUGACCUUACUUACAAGCGUAACAGACUGUAUUUAACUUUAUCACAUAUGAUAGAGAUAUAUAUGCUGUAAAAUGAGGGAAAGAACUUUCUAAUAAACCAAUGAUUUGUGGAAACUUA